AUGACAAUAAUUGGAUCUAAUAAAAAUGUGAAAGUGGCAAAGUUCUAUUAAUAUGAUGACCAACGAGAGGGAGGUAGAGAUUAUAUGAAUUAAGAGAGAAAGGAAAAUUAGUUAAUAAGUUUUUGGGAAUGAUAAUAUUCAAGAACCCUAGAAUAAUAUAAUUUUAUUAUAAAUAGAAGAAUUUUAAGAUGGAAUUGAAAUAAUUAAAAAAUGCAAAACAGCAGACAUCAUUAUGGAAAUAUAAAUUUAAGAGGUAGAAAAGAAAGGAUAUUGUUAUAGAUUUAAAUCAUUGUAUAAGUAAAUUAAAGCCUAAAGAAUUAAAAAGUAAAUUAAAUGUGGAAUUUUAUAGAGAUGAGGCAUAGAUGUAUAGAUGUGAUAAUUCUUGA